AAGAGGAGUCAGGAGAAGAGCAGAAGGGUGCUUAAUCACAACAAACCCCUGAGACAUUGCUGCCGCAGCUCAGCGGAUCUGUUUGGAUGAAACAUGACCCACUCCUGGCCUUCCCAGCAGCCCCCAGGGGGUGGGGGGCCUGAACGAUUCCUAUAUUCAGAUUCUAAGGAGGCGAAACGACAUAGCUCACAACAUAAAAAUGUGCAAAAUGACACUUCUAUUAGCAAGCCCCGUGUGGCCCCUCACAAAUCCAUGCUUGCCGAUGACCUGAAGCUUAGCAGUGAUGAGGAUGACGGUGACAAGGGACCUCAGCAAAAUGCUUCCUGGGCUGAAAACCACAAUCGGCCGGGGCAGCGCGCACACACACAUGGCGGGAGGGCGAGACAUUCCAGCUCAGGCUCCUCAGGAUCUGAUUCCACCAGUGAGUCGGAGAGCAGUAGCCAGCGGUCACGCAGCCCAAGCCCAGAAAUACCAAUUCAGACUGAGAUAGUCAGCCAACCCCAGCCUUCUACCUACAUCAAGGAAACACAGGACUCAUCUUUGACGCACUGGCAGCUGGACAAGUGGCUUGAGAGAGUUCGUAAAAACAGACACUCGGUGGAUGACGACGCAAGAGGAAGUAAAAGCUCUGGUGCUGCUCUGGAUUCUGAUCGAGGACCAUCUCCAGGAGGAUACUGGGAAAGAGAUUCUGGUUUUGGGACAAGACAAAGCUACAGCCCAGGUCAAAGCCCUGUGCCUAGCCCUAAGUUUGACUACAGCCCUAGGCACAGUCGUCGAUCUAGUCUGGAAUAUAGCCCUUGCCCAAGUCCUGGAAGUAGUCCGGUGCCAAGUCCAGUGCCCAGUGUUUGCCCUAGCCCAGGUGCCAGCUUAAGGAUUAGCCGAAGUCCCAGUCCUUUACCCCUUCAUCCACCCAAAAGCCCCAGUCCCAGCCUGAACUCUGCUCCUGCCUCUCCAAGACACACUUUUUAUUCUCAGGAUUCAAAAACUUUCCAGGAAAGCUCCAGGUUUCCUGCACAGCCUAGGUUGUCCUCCAGUCCUGUAUGUCAGCCAAAAGUCAAGUCAUGGGUACUACAAGAUCAAAGCACUGACCUUAUUAUUAACUUUAAACCCAAAGAUUCCAGACCAACUGCCCCUCCACACAAUACUUCCAAACACAGCUCAACUCACAAAGAGACUCCACACAGACCUAAAAGCACUGAAUACAGAUCUAAGUCCACUGAUUGUCCUGUUCCACAUCACUCUCAUUCUAGUUCCAGGUCGGCCCUUAAAAUAAAAGCUAGACACUUGUCUUUUACUGACCACAGCACUGAGCAUAGCCGUAGACCUGGUGAACCCAACAAAUUCAACCAGAGUUUCAACUCAAAACCAAAGCACAGUCCUACAACAAAAUCAAAAGACCACAUUGAGUCGAACACCCACUUAAUCCACAAUCCCAGUUCUAGGCCUUCAAAUCGGCCUGCACCAGAGGUUCCAGGUAGGUCAGUCUCAAAACCUAGCUCUAGGCGUAGCCCAAGUCCAAAACCAAAAGCAAGAUUAAAGGAGGUCCCUGUGUCCAGUGGCAGGCCCUCUCAGAAAGAACGAAAGCCAAAGAACCAAGAGCAGGACGUUCACAGUCGUAGUAAGGUCCAGGGAGAAGCCCUGGUCCAAGCUACAGAAUCUCAAAGACACGGGAGACUGGCGGAGGAGCAGCUAAUAAGGCAUCGCUGGGCUCGAAGUUCUGAAGAAGAGGAACACAAGAGGAGAAAAGAGCAAGUAGAGAGAGAGAGGAAGAGGAGGAGGAAAGAGCAUAAUGCUGAAUGGCAGGCGGUACAGCCCAAGCAGAGACCACACACAAACAGUCAGCAUCAGACCCAAACUGAACACAGUGUACCUGAACGAGGGGAGCAACACAGGAAAAAGAGGAGAAGCAGUGAAGACCAGUCCUCUCAUAAUGAAGUCAUAGACAAUCCAUCUCCCCCGCUGUCUCCACCCUCCCCUUCUUCCAUUGUCCGCCCCACACAUCGACCUUCUACCUCUUCUUCCUCUUCUUCCUCCUCGUCUUCCUCCUCAUCUUCCUCAGAUUCAGACUCUGAGCCCAGUCACCCUCCAAAUGUUGCUAAAGUUCCUGCAGAUUCAACUUCUAGUCAGCGACCUGCACCAAAGCGAAGGCAUCAAGAGCAGUGUAGACCUGCAGAGUUAAGGACAAAUGCCAUUUCCACAGAUGAAGGGCAGCAACAUCGAGGCAAACACAAACUGUACACACUUGUGCCGUUCGGCCGUACUGAGAAGUCCACUGCUGUCUCUCAUCGAGGACUGAGAAAUCUGGUUGUAAAGAUAGACCUUUCCCUUCUGACCAGAGUCCCAAGUACAAGUGAGGACUCACAGAGAGGGUCAUCGUCAUCUUCAUCCUCACAGGCAUCAGCUAAAGAAAAGACCUCCAUGAGGCACCAGUACCAUCACGAGGAAUCUGGUGAUGCCAAGAGUAAACGAAAGGCUGAGAAUAGAGAGGCUCAAAGAGAAAGUAAGAAAAGCCAUCUUCACACAGAAAAGCCUUCAGCUCCCAAAUACUCAGCUGAGGGUGAAAAUCAGGAAAGUCGCUUCAACAGCAAACAGAAUGGGCAUCUUGGGGAGUAUAUAUACACCAAUAGGCCGCUGUCCCCACUCUCUCCUUCAACUGGUGUAAAGGUGCAGAAUGAAGACCAGAAACACAUACACACCCCAAAAGACGAAUCUGGAGUGAAAAAAACACAGAUGCAGAAAGCACGGCCCAAGAUCGAAGCAGAGUUUCUGGGUGUCUUAGGAAACACACAGCCGCCACCUGGGUCCUGGGCCCCUUCUGCGACCCAGCCAACAUACUUCAGAAGAACUGUGCCUUACACUGAUGUUUCACACCAUGCUGAGUACUACAUGCACGAGGCCAAAAGACUGAAACAUCGAGCAGAUGCUAUGGUGGAUAAACUCGGGAAAGCUGUAAAUUACAUAGAUGCUGCUUUGUCCUUUAUGGAGUGUGGUAAAGCCAUGGAGGAAGGGCCUCUGGAGGCCAAAUCUCCUCAUACCAUGUAUGCAGAAACUGUGGAGCUAAUAAGAUAUGCAAUGAGGCUGAAGAGCCACACAAGCCCUGGAGCCAGGCAGGAGGACAAACAGCUGGCUGUGCUUUGUUUUCGUUGUCUUGCUCUUCUGUACUGGCAAAUGUUCCGGCUGAAAAAAGACCAUGCUCUGAAAUAUUCUAAAGCCCUGACAGACUACUUCAAGAGCUCUCCAAAAGUGCCUCACACAGCAUCCUCCUGGAACGACGCCACAAAGGGAAGUAUUGUGCCUCCGUCAUACAUAUCCCCUGUUGGUUUAAUUGGAACCCAGAAUGGCAGCUCCCCCUCCUCCCCUUUCAUCAACAUUCCCCAACGUAUCCACCAGAUGGCAGCAAACCACCUUAAUAUCACCAACAGUGUGCUUUAUAGUUAUGAGUACUGGGAGGUUGCUGAUAACUUAGCAAAGGAAAACAAAGAGUUCUUUAACUACCUGAACACUUUGACUGGACCCCUAACUCUGCACAGCAGCAUGGCUCAUAUAGUCCAGUACGCCAGACAGGGACUGCAGUGGAUACGGAUCAGUGCCAAUCUAUCUUAACUUUCAUGCUCGGCCUCCACCUCGGUGACUCUACUGUACUACCAACUAUAACCUGGACACAUGGUCAACUUUAUCUGUCUGUCUCAGUUUAGUUCCAUUUGUCACUGAAAUUAUUUUAGGACUUCAGUCCUAUAGCUGGACACAGUCACAGUAUGACAGAGGAACUCACAAACUCUUGUGGAUUUAGUAAAAGAGCUGUUGGACUUGCUAACCAUUAAGAGGCAUCAGGGACGGAUUUCUUGUCUGCCAGCUUUUCACUAGAAUUUGGACAUUGAAAAGACUUGUCAAGAUAUUUGUUCUUUGUAUUUAAUUUUAAAAAGUGUAUCUUAACAAAGUACGCAUAUCAGGUAUAUAAGAAUUCACUCAGUUACAAAGUUACAAUGCCAAAAGUGUUACAUUUUUAUAAAAUGUGCUUUUUUAAUUGUGAUUGUAUAGUUAAAAUAGUCAUAUGUAUUGAAGUGGCAUUAAAUAGUAAAGUGCUUAAUUCCGGUAGCUCUAAACAGUGUAAUUAGAGCCUUAAUUUUGUAUAUUUUUGUAACUUUACACUGUGAAUAUGGUCCAUUUUUGCUGUUUUCAGAAGUUGUUGUGUCUGUUUUGUCAUUUUUAUGUAUAGUACAAUGGUGCUACAAACGGAAGUGGUAAGCAUACUUUCCAGACUAUGCAAAACUACUAUUCUGCUAUUCUUAUGCACAUAUAUU